AUGCUUACCAUGCCUGAAGUCGCAUCUCUGCGACAUCUCUCAUAUCCUGAUGCACAUGUUAUACUGCUUUGCUUCUCUGUCGUCCAUCCCGAGACAUUCCGUGCCUUGCGAUCACGCUGGCUGGCAGAGUUGUCUGGUCGUCUACUCCUAAAUGAUGCCGCUACACACACUGCUGCCACCGAUGGUUUCACGUAUGCUGGUAACAGGCUUGCUGAGUCUGUGUCUCACAGAAUAAUUGAUGGCAUGAUGAAUACCGGCAGUCCCGCAUUUGGGACACCUUAUCACUCAAGCACAGGUAAACUUUCAGCUCGCGACAAUGGGACCAGGGCCUUGCUGCCCGUCACUGGUAUUUCAACAAGGCAGUACAGGAGGCAAAUUAAGCUAAAUCGUAGCAAUCAGACUUCAAAGAAUAAACAAUCGCGAGGCGCUUGCAUUACCCAUAAAAAUUAUCAUAUUGAUAAACACGAUCCUUCCACUUCGUCUUCGGAACCCACUUCUUUUUUCGCCUCGUUGCACAGACCUGACGGCCCGCCUGGACCAGCUUUCUUAUUGAUCGGUUGUGCCUGUGACUUGCGACACGACAUUGGCUGUCUUCUUGAGCUGUCGGUACGUGGUGAAGUGCCUGUUGAUGAGAGAAUCGCUGAACGCCUGGCUCUGCAGUUGGGAGCAGAGGCCUACAUUGAGUGCUCUGCUUUGACGCAAAAAAACCUCAAGCGUGUCUUCGAUUUGGCUAUUUGGUGUAGCCUGAAGGUGCAUGACGCUGGUGGUCCAGGAAGGCCCCCGUCGCCGACUCAAUCAUUUCAUAUGGCUCAGCUCCCCACCCCUAUAUUUGGUCCAAAAAGUAAACCAGCCGCUUGCCAUAAGUCGACUCAUGCAUUCUCGCCUCCACCGAAAUUAUUUUGUUCUGGGAUCUGGCAGAUGGGCAGACAAUCUCGACGGCGUUCCAACAAACAGAACUGCAAUACUCAGUCACUGACUGACUUUGACAAUAAACAGCUUAGUAGUGGCGCCAACUCUAAUGUCCUCUUUACCCAUAGUAGGCCCAACGCCUCAUCGACUCAAUGCCUUGAUAAUGCCACAUCUGAGCGGUUUAUACAAUCACCUCAUUUGUGCGAUCAUCCACAAUCCAUCGGAUCCCGAGAAAUUAACCACGAAAGGUCUGGACAAAAAUCGGUUUGGCGAAGGUUUUUAUGCGUUUCUUAA